ACUUGUAUUUUACUUAAAGUAUAUCUAUUACUGCCAGGAAUGUAAAAUUUUAUAUAAACCUUUUUAACACGUCUACUGAUGGAUUAAAUUCUAAUUGAAUUAAAGGUUUUUCAUUUUUAACCAACUUAGCUGAGCUUGUGCAUUUUAUCCAAACUGGGGUCAGUUUUAUGAUGCCCUUCGACUGUGAAGAACUUCUAAGACACUUUUGUGAUAUUACUUCAUAGUUUCUGGCCAUUUUUAGUUUUUUUACUGCAUAAUGGAUGCCAGCCGAGGAAGCUUCUUUUGUUACACGGCUCGAGGGCCAAACUAUGGGAAGCCAGCAAUGGAGGUUGGAGACAUCAUAGUGGUUCCAGCAGACAAAAUUUAUGAGCAGAAUAUCAGACCAGACCAUCCAAUGGGUUACAUCUUUGGGCAGAAUCAACGCACAAAAGAAACUGGCUAUUUCCCAGGCAAUCAAUUGAAGCUGAGUGGUAACAACAACAGCAGCAGUUUACUGGCUUAUGGCAAUGGUGGCAGCAGGAGUCAGGCUGUUGGUGUACCGCACAACCCACAGUCUCCCUACCAGCCCACGACUGGCACGCGGUCAUAUGUGGCAAUGUCCCCCCCUUCACAUGGGGACGAGUACACCCCCGUCAGCGCCCCCUGCAAGACUGGGGACCUGGCACGCUCCUACUGCCCCCCCUACCACAACCCUUCCCCACACGCUGCAUCCCCACCCCAGCCCCACGGCGGGGGCAACGGCGUGGGCAGAAACCGGCCACCUCCUCCAGUACCAUCAACAUCAUCAUCGUCGUCAUCAUCGUCCCAUGAUUAUCACCCUGCGCAGCAUCAUCGACAAAUACUGCAUCACCACCAGCCCCACCAUCAUCACCACAAACAACCAACGCCGCCACCACAACAACCACAGCAGCAGCAGCAGCACAAGAUCUCGCACGACGUAUUCUUCUUGACGCCCAUACUCUGCAGACACUGUGACGACUACAUCUACGGCAGUGGCCACGUUGGCGUCCAGUGCAUGGAGUGCAAAGCGUGCUUCCAUCAUGAAUGUGCACCAUACUGCAACAGCCAUCAGUGCAAGAGACUGCUGUCUGAUGCCUCACAAGCUCCCACGUAUCCUCAUGAUGUUCCGCUUGUGGAGUGGUCGGCCAGUAAUGUGGUGGACUGGAUGGCUGCGCUCAAUUUGACAACCUACACGGAACUUUUCAAGUCCAAGGACAUCAAAGGAUCCGACCUCAUCUCAUUGGACAAAGAAAAGUUGGGCAACAUGGGUAUCAAGGACGAGUUCCAUCAGCAAAGCAUCUUGGUGUGCAUCAGCCAGAUUCAGAACGAUGGCAUGCUCGGUGGAGGUGAUCCGACUUCGCUCGUUGGGGAAGACUAUAAAACUCCUGCAUCGCACCACUCCCUCCGUCCUCAUUCAUUUAGCAAACUAUAUACCUGCGAUAAAUGUGGCCACUUCCUUAGAGGAUUCUUUCACCAAGGCCAAUAUUGUAAAGAUUGUGACUUGAUAGUUCACAGAACAUGCGCAGCCACUGGCUUGCCUGCUUGUACACCGAAGUCUUUUCAGCGCAUAGCGCUCGCUUCCGUAUUUGGUUUGAGCUUGUGCAACCAAAUUACGAAUCAAGACUCAAUGGUUCCGCUUCUCCUCGUGCGUUGCUGUGAUGAACUCCUACUACGAGCGCGGGCUCUACCGACCCUGGACUUGUACAGGCUUUACCGCACCGCGCCCCCACAAGACGCACUUAAUAAUCUUCGGCAGGACUGUGACCGAGUUUAUCCUGACCUAUACAAGCUAGACUUGACCCCGUACGAGCCGCACACAAUUGCAUAUUUGGUGAAGCGAUAUCUGCAGGAGUUGCCAGAGCCUGUCAUCCCCGAGCUUUUCUAUUCCAACUUCGUCGAAGCUGCUCGCUCCUACGACAGUGAGGAUGAAUGCCUCAAGUAUUUCGCUCAGCUGCUCACCAAUUUCCCCAAGCAUCAUUAUGACACAAUCAAGUUCCUGAUGGUGCACUUCCUUCAGCUAUGUGAGCUCCAAGUCAGCAGAGGAAACAAGGAGCCUCCUACCAUCUUGCUCCGGUCCAUGUCUCACGUUCUUAUGAGACCGCCUUGGGAUAAAAUAAUAGAACUGGCCCGUAACACAGAAGCUCAUAUGCGAAUCAUGGAAAUUCUGCUGCGCCGUGUUGACUGGGGAGUUACUGUGCCUACAUUCGACACGGCACCUCCUCCAAGACCACCUUAUCCUAACGCCGUGAGCCCCACGUCUCCGUACUCCAGUGGGACGCCCGUACCUGCGCCCAUUUCCAUCUCUGGUGUUGAUAAAGCACCACGCAGCCUUCAGGAGGCCGAAUGGUACUGGGGAGGAAUAUCUCGAGAUCACGUGAACGUCCUCAUGAAAGAUGCUAAGGAUGGAACUUUCUUGGUGCGUGACGCAUCUACAGGCAACAACGAGUACACGCUUACUCUCAGGAAAGGUGGUUCCAACAAACUCAUUAAAAUAUUUCAUUGUAAUGGCAAAUACGGUUUUACGGAACCCUAUGUAUUUAAUUCUGUUGUAGAACUAGUUAAUUAUUGUUGUGAAAAGAGUUUAUCAAAAUUCAACAAAGACUUGGACAUACGGCUGCUAUACGCUGUUCCCAAGUAUGCUUAUUAUAAGGAAGCAAGCAACGAUGACGUUGAAGAAGUACAGAAGAAAAUUUUUGAAAUAAAUUAUGAAUUGAAAGAAAAACAGGCCCAGUAUGAUGGGUACUUCAGCAAGCACGAAUCGUUGAACCAGGAAUACAAUACGAGCCGACAAGGAAUAGAAGCCUACAAUGACACCCUUGAUUGGAUCGAGUCGCACCUCAAACAAUACUCAAAAUUCCUAACAGAAGCUCAGCCCCACGAGAUUAACGAUUUGAAAGCCAACCGCGACAUACUGCAACAUCGCUUGGGAAACGUUCAACGAGCCAAAGAAAUUCAUAGAAAUAUCGCUCAGCAGCAGUUGGAGGAAUACCGUCAGCUCGAGCGUCAGUUCAGCAUUCUCAAAGGCGAAAUAAACAGUUUGAGCAACACCAGAAAAGAGUUGAUAAAUAUUCUUGAAGCCAAAGGAAUAUCGCCUGAGAAAUUUGAGUUGGAUCCUGUGGAGCCAGGACAAAUUCAACAGCUGUCUAAAGAUGUUUACAACGAGGCUACUUGGUUUUUCGACGAGUGUUCCCGAGACGACGCAACGCGUAUGCUGAAAGGCAAGCCUGAUGGAACGUUCCUCAUUCGCGUUCGUCCACCCGGCAGCUAUGCUCUUUCUAUAUCUUGCGGUAAUGAAGUUCAGCACUGCCUUAUCUACAAAUCUGAUGAUGGCUACGGGUUCGCAGAGCCAUAUCUGAUAUAUGGCAGCCUGAAGGAGCUUGUGGUGCACUACUCCCGUAAUUCUCUUCUUAUCCAUAACGACCUCCUGAAUACGCCUCUCACUUACCCCGUAAAAUCCGUCGUGCCAGCUGGUAAUAGCUAGUUAAGCGCUUAGGUGGUAGGCUACUUGCAUUUCUGUGAGCGUUCAAUAUGCAGCGGUGAAUGUAUAACUUUCCUUAUGCUGCUUGUUUACUUCAGGGUCAAUAUUUACUAGAAAGUCGUGAUUGACUUUACUAUAGGAUUUAUGCAAUGUGCCCCUUGUGAUUGGUAGGUAGCAAUCUAAAUGAAUGUGUUGUUAUUCAACACCAAUAUGGAUCCUUUUAGACUGCUGUGGUACAAAUUAGUUAUGAAGGCUAAAACAAAGCAUCUAGCCGAGCACCGUGUUGCUGAGGUGCAGUUCCUACCAAUUCAUUAAUUUGUGGGCUGCUAAGUUGUUUCUAGAAGGCUGCGCGAGUGCUGUUUUGAGAGUCGGUCAUGGGUGUUGGAUUCUCGGUGGCAUGUUUUCCAAAGAUAGAAUAGAUCUCUUAAUAGGGAGGAAUAUUGAACUGAGUUAGAUUGUUGUGCUGAGCUUUGCGUUGGGUAAUGGUUUAUUGUUGUUGCUGCUGCCGCACUGAUGUGCUUUUUUUUCUUGACGCGUAUUCAAAUUUAUGAAGGUUACGACUUCGAUUUAUCUGAGUUUAUUGUUAAUAGUCUAGUCUUUUUUGUAUUAGUAAUUCAAUUAUCUAUAGAAUGUCGCUUUCGUGUUAUGUGUUCGUGCCAUUUCUCUUGUUUCUAGGUUUAUUCUGUAUAUAUGCUAUAUUUUUUUAUUUAUAUAUUUUGAAUUGGUUGUUCACCAGCGGUAAGUGGGCUUCCACAGAAUUUAAAUGAUCUAAGCAUCGCAAUGUUUUGUUAUCAAAGACCUCACUUCCAUGCGUUACGCCAUGAGUGAGCGGUAUUUAUUAACACUAUUAGAAAGAAAUUCAUACAGUGAAACUAAACAAGUGAAAAAAUUCUGUAAAACUGGUGCAAUAAAAUUUUGGUGUUAUAAUUCAUCAUGGCGAUGACAGCUUAUGCUUCCUCGCGCAUGGACCCUGGUUAAAUCGUUAGAAUCGCUUGUGUAAAUUAAACGUGAAGAAUCUCAUUAAUAGAAGUUUGAGGUUAACUCUACUCCUUGCAAUAGGCCCAACGUAUCGAACAUAAAGUUUGGGUCAUUUCCCUUCAUGGUAACUACAUUCUUUAUUAUAAUGAUGGCUAAAGAAUAAUUAGGCAACAUGACUCACGCAUUCGAAUUAUUUGUUCCGUUUUACAUGGUGACUGAAAGUAUGCCUGCUGGUGCAUUUCCUCUCAUUGUGAUAUGAACUAGGACCCUUAGCCGACACAUUUCUUUUCUUGUGGUCGGUGGUGAAAGGGUCCUCAACAAUAAAGUGCUCUUGAUUAUAAAA